AUGACCGUUCCACAACCUCAAGCUCCAGUUGCCACGGCUUUACCGGAUGCUCCACCGCAAGAUUUCUUCACUCCCAUUCAAUGGGACGUUCUCUUUGCUAUUGUUGAUGGUGUUUUGCCCUCCAUCACCUCGGAAUCUGCCGUAACAGAUGAGCACGCCCAGAUUCAACUUCCUGACCAUGAGCUUGACGAUAUCCUCCAACGCAGUGUCAAGUCUGUAGCUUCUCCCGCCACUAAAGACAACAUCCGUGCCUUUCUCCAAGACAGGCCAGUUGACGAUGCUCGUUUCAGAGAUAACCUCGUGAGAACCUUGGCUCUCAGCCCACCAGCGCAAAAAAAACGUCUCGCUAGUUUGUUGAGUUUAAUGUCUUACUUCAUCACUGGUUACUGGCAGCCCAUAUAUAACCAACCUGCCCACGUCCGUGAAGCCAUCCUCAAAUCAUGGGCUAUGUCUCACGAGCGCUGGUCAGCAUUGGCCAAGAUGAUGGCUUCGAUGGCUACCAAGUCAUAUGCCCAAACCAGCACAAUCUUCCCUCAGCUCUCGGGCUACUCAGACACACCCGAGGGUUGGCAGCCAAAGGAGAUGUUCGACUACGACUUUCUCCAAAUCAAAGCGGGCGACGACGCACACACCAUCGAGACCGACGUUGUCAUCGUGGGUUCUGGCUGUGGUGGAGGCGUGUCGGCCAGAAACCUCGCAGAGGCCGGUCACAAAGUCCUUGUCGUCGACAAAGCCUACCACUAUCCUCCUACCCGCCUCCCCAUGGCCCAGGAUGCAGGCGCCACCCAUCUGUUCGACAACGGAGGGUUCUUCGUGACAGAAGAUUCCGGAUGUACGGUGACUGCUGGCAGCGCCUGGGGUGGAGGAGGUACUGUCAACUGGAGUGUGUGCCUUAAGCCCCAGGACUUCGUACGUAAGGAGUGGGCUGAUGAAGGACUUACGUUGUUCACCUCAACCGCGUUCGACGAGUGUCUAGACCGUGUGUGGGAGUUUCAGGGGGCUGGUACUGACAAGAUACGCCAUAAUCAUCGCAAUAAGGUCCUUCUCAAUGGCUCAGCCAAGCUCGGCUGGACGGCACGUCCUGCUCCUGUUAACACAGGCGGCAGGGAACACUUCUGCGGCCAGUGCCACAUGGGCUGUGGCCUGGCCGAGAAGAGAGGGCCAGCCACAAGCUGGCUGCCGGAUGCUGCUAGAGCCGGUGCACAGUUCAUGGAAGGAUUUGAGGUGAAUAAGGUCAUAUUUGAUUCUGACGGAGAGACAGUCAUUGGCGUCGAGGGGGAAUGGGCGUCGCGAGAUAGUGAAGGAGGCGUGAGCGAUUUGGUUGGCGGGAGAAUCAAAAGACGGGUUGUGAUCAAAGCCAAGAAGGUGAUCCUUUCGGCCGGCUCAUUAUGGAGUCCGGUCGUCCUCAAGAAGAGCGGUAUUACUAACCAACAUGUGGGAGCUAAUCUGCACCUCCAUCCUUGCAACUUUGUCACAGCAGUAUACAAGGAAGAAACGAAGCCCUGGGAGGGAGGCAUCAUCACCAGCUACUCUUCUGAGUUCGACAAUGUCGACGGUAGUGGAUACGGAACCAAGUUGGAGACGACGUGCAUGGUACCGUUCACAAUCAUGCCCCAGACGUCAUGGACAGGCGGCUUAGGAACAAAACUCCAUAUGACAAAAUAUCGUCACAUGGACGCCUGGAUCUCUUUAACAAGAGACCGCGAUGGAGGCAACAUCUUUGUAGACCCUACGACUGGCCGACCUCGCAUUGACUACACCCCGUCAGACUACGAUCGAGUACACACUAUCCAGGGCGUAGAAGCUCUGGCCAAGAUCUGCUAUGUCACGGGAGCAGUCGAGAUACGCCCUCUCCUGCCCGGUCUGGAGUCCUUCACCCGCAGCAGAGAGACCUCGUCGGAGCAUUCCCUCGACUCUCAAGGCUCAGUGGCCGACCCAGAGACCGAGGACCCAGCCUUUGCCGCCUGGCUCGGCCGUCUCCGUGAAGUGGGCAACAAACCACCAACGACGGCUUGGAGCUCAGCCCAUCAGAUGGGCACGUGCCGUAUGAGCGCGAGCAGGGACGAGGGCGUGGUGGAUGAGAAGGGAAGGGUCUGGGACACGGAGAAUCUGUACGUUGCAGACGCGAGCGUGUUUCCCAGUGCAAGUGGCGUGAAUCCCAUGAUCACCAUUAUGGCCAUUGCGGAUUGGAUAUCCCGCGGCGUGGACGCAGACCUGAGGGCGUGA